AUGAUAGAUGCCAUGGCUUGGAUCGAUUUCGACGAUCUCGACGACAUCCCGACGGUCCAUGCCGUCAGCGAUCCGCACUGCGAGGCGCCAGCCAACAUGGAUUGGCUGCGGGGCCUGCCCGCGUGUCCCCUCCUCGGGGCCCGGCAAGCGGGACGUCGCCCUACAGGCCAGAGGCGUUCCACUGAUACCAACAACCCCAUACCAGCUCGAUCUGUUCGAGUUGCUGGAGGCGUGGGUCGUUCGCGCAUAUCACGGUGGUCUGGCGCAUGCGCCCCAGCCCGCGAGGACCCCCGCUUGCGGGCGCCUGGUCUUCCAUACCGUUGUUGUUGCAGGGGAUUUGGCGGUGGACAUCUCCCAGAUAGAGCAGGCGCUCCGUCUGCUCCUGAGCAAGUACAGGCACGUGUUCUAUAUGACUGUUUCGGAAACCACGAGUGUUGGGUGUCCAAGAACGGCCCGUACGCCGAUUCCUUCGCCAAGAUCGGCGCGAUUCGCGAGCUUUGCCGAUCCAUGGGGGUGCGCACAGACGCAGCACUCGUGGAUGGGGUCUGGAUCGUGCCAGUCUUCGGCUGGUACCACAACUCCUGGGAUACGGAGCCCGACUUGGAGGCGCCUCCAGGCGAAAGGCUGAGGAGAGAGCCAGAUUCGGCGGCCGACAUGUCGAACGACUACGUCCUCUGCAAGUGGGGCGAUCUGGAGAAUGGAAGCGAGGCUCUCGCGGAACGAAUAGACAGCGAGAACGAGGAGUGGGGCUCUUGGCCUUUGCCACCAGAGCUGGUGGCAGAUGCCAAGGAAGCACCCGGGAAGCGACGGCGGCCGAUCCUCUCGUUCUCGCAUUUUUUGCCGAGGAUCGAGCUGCACCCCGAGAAACGGUUCAGCAUGCAGCCCAAUUUGGCAAAGCUGAUAGGCAGCAACUGGAUCCGGGCCCGCGUCGAGCAGCUCAGGCCGGACGUGCACAUCUUCGGCCACACCCACUACUGCUGGGACAUGCGUUUGGAUGGGACUCGCUACCGGUCGUGGCCCCUGGGCAUGCCAAUGGAGCGACUGUAUCGCGCCAUGUCCUUCCCGGGCUCCAGCUCGGAGGUGAUGCUGCCGCUGCCCGUUCUGAACGCCUGCGGCGAGCAAGCUCCAGAGCAUGACCACUGCUUUGCCAGCCGCAUGUAUUCUUUCCUGGACCGGGAUCCCUCGUCUUACGUCAUGUCCCACCGGGUCGCUGCGAAGUACUGCCCCAGCGCCCCUGUGCUCUUCGACGACGUCGUCAUGCCCGGGCGCAGAUAUCUCUGGGACUUCGUGGACGACCAGAUCGAGCGCGACCGGAUGGUCCGGGCCUGCACGCAGCUCAACCAGACCAACAAGCGAAGGCGCAGAGCGCUGCGCGAGUGGGAGGUCGUCGGUGGUGCCGGCUCCGGCGGCGUCGCGGUGCGAGAGGACGGGCCGUUCGCGCCCCUGCUGCCCGAGCGCCUGGCCACGGGAGCGCUUGUGGAGGAGCUGCAGCUGAAGGAGGGCCACGUCUGCUUCAGCAAUUGCCACCGAACUGUCUGGCGCGGGCCCCAGGAGGGGUUGGGCGCCCGUAUCCUCGGGAGGAGAGCAGUUGAUGCGGCAGCUGCCGGCCCCCCCAGAGCCAGGCGAGCUCACGGCGCCCAGGGCGAUGGACCUGCUGGGGCUGCUGGCGUUCCGCCUGGAGGACCCCAGGGUCCAGGGCAGGAUGAGGGAGCUGCUCCGGAACCACCCUGGCAAGAUGCGCGGCCUCGCCCCCUUCGCGCGCGAGCGCCGGGAUCUGCUACAGAGGGAGUUCGACGCGGUCCUGACCAGGUUCGGUUUUCCGAGAGGCAACCUGAUGCAGCUCGACGUGGCUAUCCAACCAUAUUUGAAUGUGGUCACCGGUGA